CAGGUGAAAGAUUCUCAGAAAUUGUGGGAAGUCCAUAUUACAUGGCUCCUGAAGUUCUUAAACGGAAUUACGGACAAGAAAUAGACAUAUGGAGCGCUGGAGUCAUUCUCUAUAUUCUUUUAUGCGGAGUUCCACCAUUUUGGGCUGAAACUGAACAAGGAGUCGCACAAGCAAUUCUCCGUGGAAAUUUGGAUUUUAAGCGAGAACCAUGGCCAAAUGUUUCAGAAAAUGCAAAAGAUCUAGUCCGCCAGAUGCUGGAGCCUGAUCCAAAAAAAAGGCUAAUAGCUAAACAAGUGCUAGAACAUCCUUGGAUUCAAAAUGCUAAGAAAGCUCCAAAUGUUCCUCUUGGUGAUGUUGUCAAAUCAAGGCUAAAGCAAUUCACAAGGAUGAAUAGGUUUAAAAGAAGAGCUUUACGGGUUAUUGCUGAACACUUAUCCACUGAAGAAGUUGAAGAUAUGAAAGGUAAGUUUAAGAUGAUGGACACUGACAAUGAUGGCAUUAUUUCUUGCGAGGAGCUCAAAAAUGGACUUGUAAAAUUUGGUUCCUCGCUUGUAGAGUCUGAACUGCAAAUGCUUAUUGAAGCAGUGGAUACC